AUGCAAGGUCGUGCAGAGAAUUUUGAGAUUUGUGCUAAUGGUAGCUUGAGGUUUAUGGAGAGUUGGCGUGUUCCCAAUGAUGGUGAGCUUAAGAGAAAGAUUCUCGAGGAGGCUCAUAGUAUUCCUUAUUCUGUUCAUAUUGGUGUUGGCAAGCUUUAUAAAGAUCCAAAGAUGGCUUUUGUGAUGGGUUUGCUAAGGAAUGCUGGUAGGAACAAUGCUGUUUGGAUGAUUGUGGAUCGUUUGACUAAUGUGGCCCGUUUUAUUGCAAAGAAGAACGCUUGGUCUAUAAAAGAGUUGGCUGAAGCUUAUGUUAAUGAGAUUAUUUGUCUUCAUGGGAUUCCUAAAGAUAUCGUCUCUUAUCAUAAUCCGAGGUUCCUAUCUCAUAUCUGGAUAGCUUUGUAG